CUGGGAGCGGAGUUUCGGUUUCGGUUUGUGAAAGUGGGGGAAACACUUUCGUAUUAGUUUCAGGUUUUCUUUCGGAGUUUUUGUUCAAAAUCAAAAUGGCUAAAAGGAUACUGGUAAUCCUUGGAUGCCUAGCCUUGGUCUCUUACGCCCUCGCAAUGCCAGCGAAGGCAAAAGAAGAAGUAGAAGAAAAAUAUGAUGAUGAGGAGGAAGAGUUAGAAGCAGAAGAAGAUUCGGAUUUAGUCCCAGAAGGAGGUUCCCACCUCGGGAGAUACUUGGGGAGCAGAGACAAAGAUUAUGCAGAAUACCAUGGAGAAGAAGAGGCUUACGAAAAUGGAGAAAAACACGCCAAAGCACACAAGGCCGGCGGUGUCCACAGUCAUUACGAGGAUCAAAAACAAGGGGGUUAUAAAAACCACAAGGUAGAGAGUGGUGCCCAUGGCAAGCACAAUAAGGAAGGCCAUGAAGAGUAUGACCACCGCGACGAGCAAGGCGGACAUCAAAGCUUCAAGAAAGAGGGUGAAGUGUACGACAAGCACGGAAGUGAUCACAAAGGGAAACUCGAAAAGAACCAGCACGUGAAAGGCCUCGAAGAAAUUGAAAAGCACGGAGGACAUGGACAAGCUGGAGCCAAAGUUGGUACCGAAUUCGUCAAAGACAAAGGACACAAAAGCCACGGAUUCAAGAACGUUUAUCACAAAGAGGAAUAUGGUGAGCACAAAACUUUCCACGACGAACAUCGUGAGACCGACCACAAGAAGAAGUACCAUGACGAACAUCAAGAUUACAAUCACCAAGGAGGAAAGCACUUGAAACAACACACCAACAAGGGACAAUAUGACGAAAACAAGCACGGCAGCGACUUUCACAAGUUUGGCAAAGCUGGACAAGAAAGCCACAGGGAAGGAGGUUACAAGAAGGGUGGAAACCAUCAUGCCGUCGGAGAUGGAUUUAAACAGGCAAGUGGCAAGCAACACAACGAAGGGUACGCACAGGGUCAUCACUCAGAAGGCAAGAAAGUCUAUCAACAAGGACAGCACGAUGCCGGUAGACAGCAAAAAGCCCACCAUGAAGCGGCAAAAAGACACAGAGGAUAUGGUGUCCACGGUAAAGCUGGUGCUUAUGAGGGAGAUCGGGGAUAUUACGUUGCUGGCCACGUCGCUGAUGGCCACAUCGCUGAUGGCCAUAUUGCUGAUGGCUAUUCCGGAGGAUAUGAAGACGUAGGUGAUGGUCGCCAUAUCUACUUCAGAAGAGGUUAA